AUGAAUACAACUCUUAACGAUACUGGGCGGUACAGUUGUAGAACUGAGUUUCAGAGAAGAACUGGAGAGUACAUUGAGUCCCUCGCUUCAGUCACCACUUAUAAUCUGGGGGUAAAAGAAGGACCUGAAGAUGCAGCGUAUCUGGUUGGAGAAAAGGCCGAGCUGACUUGUGAAGUUACCCUUCCCGGCACUGACUCGGAUCACUUGUCAGUAAGAUGGGUGAAAAUCUCCAACAAUCUGGAGGAAUCAGUUCCAGACGAUAGGACCUUCUUUAAUCCCAACCCUGGGAACUCUACCACUGGAAAUUCCACUCUUACGUUACGCAAUGUCUCAAUGAGCGAUGCGGCUGAUUACAAAUGCAUGGCAUCCUAUGUUGUGGAUGGGAAGUCCUUUAAGAAAAAUAGCUCCGUAGCAACAAUUUACGUUAGAGAGUUUAGCAGAUAUCUGGACGAAUUCUCGUUAUUCCACAUCCCCUUCCAUUACGAUCCUGCCAAUGGUUCCAUGUACGAUGAAAAUGCCCCCCACAAUUACAAUGAUACUGACAGUUGGGUAGAUUCGCAUGGUUUUUCCUGUGAGUACCACGGAGACGACAGUGUUGAAGAUGUUUUUUGGUCGGUGGUAUUUUGGAAUGGAACUGUAGAUGCUGAACUUCUGAAUAAUAAUGAGACUGUUUUCCAAAAGGGAUCGUAUGAAAGCAGCAACAACACAUGGUCAACAACACUGUUUUUGUCUCGAAAAUACAUAACCACCAACUACAACGCAUCCCUAACUUGCCACUUUAACUUUACGACUGUUGGCAAACCGAUCACUUCAACGACCGCCUUCUCUGUUCGCGCGAUAAGACCCCUAGUCUCCGAGACUCAGACCAGUAACUCGACAGAAAAUAUCACGUGCAGCUAUGUGGGCACUGAUUCACCACAUUCUAUCACAUGGAUAGUGGAGGGUGCUAUCAUUGUUGAUGAUAGUGAGGAUUAUCACAUUCACGAUGAAUACCAAAUAGGGAAACAGAGAUUUGAUGUACUGACAGUGGCUGACCGUACAUACUCCGAUUCUGACAGGAACAUUACCUGCAAAUACACAUUUACUAGUCCCACUGAUGAAAUGGCAUCAUCCACUCUUCUCGUCUACAGAGGAUUACACUCCAGACUACAGCCGAAUUACUAUCUUACAAGGGACCAGCAGGGUCUUGUGAAUCCUCUUGUGAUGGAAUGUCAACUGGGGGUAGGGGCUGACGGGCCUGCCCCAGACUAUACUACCUGGUAUUUCAAGUACUAUGAAGGACUAUACUUGGACACCGUGGAUCUCAGCAGUAAUCAACAGUUCCAAGAACUAUUCACCAUUUCUACAGACACAGUUCCGACUAACGGUCUCUUCAAAUCAACUGUAACUCUAAAGGCUGAUCUGCCUCUGCAACAAUACAGUCAAAUCCCGCUCGGGGGAUCUGGCAAAUUUGGAAACUAUUCUUGCUCUUUUGAGUUUAAUGAUGAUUCUCAACAGAAAAUAACCUCGGAAACAAUAUUGCACAACAGAAUGGUAGCGGUUGGAGACAUGUCUGGAGACCUCACCAAUGCCACAAUCAGCUAUGGAUACAGUCCUAACUUUUUCAUUCUAACCUGUUAUGUUCAUCCUUACGAAGAUUCAGAUGUUUUUAACGUAACUUGGUCAGGUCCAUCUGACAUUGUAGAAAACUCGGAGACGAGUGAGGAAAGAAGGAAAAUUUCUGAAGGCAUUUACUUAACAUCUCAUUAUCUAAACCUGACCCUACCAACGAAGGAUGACAGCGGAUCUUACUCUUGCGAAUUCGAAUUUCUAUCCGGCCCCUCCGUUCAAGGAAACUUCCCGGAAUUGAAGUUCAACGACAUCAAGAUAACAAAUCCAAACCGUGUGUACGUAACAGCAAGUGGUAUAGAGGUUAAGCUGGAGUGCCGAGUGGACUCUCCUGAGAGACUGGAACUAGGGUGGUACGAUGUUGAUCACGCAGAUUGGAUUACUCCUUCCAAUAUUACCCACGAUGGUGCGACCACUUUGGCAACUUACUUGUUAGAGGUAAACUCAACAGACGACAGAGGUAACUUUAAGUGCGUGCUUGACGAGAACCAGUACAGUAAGGAGAACGUCAGUGUCAUCGUCCUGGACCUCUAUCCGAGCUUUUCCGGGGUGGUUGUCGGUAACGAGAAUGAUGAGGUAAUCCUUACGUGUACUUUGGACUACAAUAAGGACCUGAACAUACCUACCAUUGAGUGGUAUAAAGAUGGUAUACUCUACAACACAGGCAUCACCAGUAAAUUGAAUGACGAAGGAGACAAAUUUGUGAGUGAACUGAAAAUGACAGUUGACUCCAGUGUUGCAGACAAGGACUAUUACUGUGUGGGCAGAUACUCUGAUGUGGUGGCAUCCUCACCUCUCACCAGCGAGAAUGUUACCAUACUAAUGACACAGAUGAUCGCUGAAAGAAACUACAUGAUCGCAGCGGUAGGAGACAACAUUACCCUUAGUUGUACAGCCUACAGUAAACAACCAGAGGACAUCUUCUGGCGCAUAGGGGAUAAAAAUAUAACUGAAAAUGCUGAGAGAGUUGACACGUCAUCCUUAUAUGUCAGUAAAAGUGUUUUGAGGUUUACAAAUUUAACCGCUGACGAUUCUGCGGAUAUUAUCGAGUGUUGGUUCAAGCCUCAAGAAGGUGAAGAGAAGUCCACAAGGAUCACUUUGGAAGUUCUCGAUGUACAGACGAUUGGAAGAGAAGUAAAAAGAGGAGAAAUUGCCAAUCUGACCUGUACAGCAACACCUACAGCUUUCGCUACAAAGAGCGACCUCGCAUUCAACUGGUUCUACAUAAAUAUCAGUACCGGAAUGGAAGUGGAAGUGCCGAAGAACGAGACGUACUUGGUAGCUGAGGGAGAGUCUCAACUAAUGGUGACACGGACCAAUGAUACUGAGUACAGAUGUGCUGUGUACUCUACUAUUCACCAAGACAGUGGUUACGCUAGCAGUAACGUCUCGUUCUACGUAUUCGAUCUAACAAAUCCAAGCGACACCAUAGUGCAUGCGGGAGAUAAGGUCACACUAAGUUGUGGAGUUUCCAACAACAACGGAACACCCUCCUUCAACUGGUACAAAGACGGAAACUCGCAAUCCUUGCACCAGAAUAAUGGGAAUAAUGACUACGAUUACAUUUUGUCAAGAUAUACCUUUGCACCUGAAAGUUUUGGAGAUUCGGGGUCUUAUUAUUGUGAGGUAACGAUGGAGUUUGAUGGUGAAGAUAACGGCCCGUUUAAAUCAGAGAUGGCUUCACUCAUUGUGCGAGAAAUUCGACCCUCAUUCAAGAACGUAACCCUGGUACACAACAACAGAGGAGAAAGAGCAAUGGAGAAGUUGGAAUGUAAAUAUUACGGAGAUAAGGAAAGUGUCCUGUCAGUAUAUUGGGAGACGCCCGCAGGAAGGUACUCUGAUGGGGAUUAUGCUGAAUCUAUAAAGGUUGAGGAUGAUGCCAGUAGCAAUGAUAGUUAUACUAGUGUUCUGUCAUAUUCCCGAAAUGCAAACAACAGCGAUGAAUUCUCCUGUUAUUUCGAAUUAGGACCAUAUGGAGAGUUAAUGGUGAAGAAAACACAAGCAUCUGUCUUCAGUUACACAGACCUAUACAAAUUCACCUACAACCCAACCCAAAUCAAUUACACUUACAACGGAGACGUAGAAUCCCAGGUCACGUGGAUAAUAGAUGGGGAUAUGUAUGAUGAGGGCAAGCAUACACAGUUCACACCUACUACGGAGGUGAACAAAACGUCCAGAAAGUUCCUGUUAGCAGUUGACAUGACUAAGUUUGCUGCGGGAGCUAAACCUGUUGAAGUGAAGGGAAAGAUCGGGUUUGAAAGCGAGAAUGUUACUGUUCCGUAUCCGGAGAAAAACGUGAAUACUACUAUCUAUAAACGAGAUUUUACAACAGAGCUUGACGUUAAAAUUUUAAAGGCUCAUGAUGAAGCAGAGGGAACGUUUACCUGUGUGGUUGCAGGAGAAAACAAGGACUUUACUUUCUCUUGGUUCAUUGGCAACACCCAACUUGUUGAUGCCGACGAUAACAUCGCCUUCACGGACGAAGCAAACCCCACAGACUCCAAAUAUCAACGGAAAUCAGUCCUGACAAUUAGUAACCUCAAUUCGUCUCCCCUUUACAACGACGCGUUAAGAUGUGUAGCAAGCUGGGAGCAACCUGAAACCUUUUCUGUUGAGUCCGUUGCUGAUCUGGACACGGUCGGAGCGAGUAUGGAGCCUAGUUUCUACACGGAGUUAGACGGAAGUGCAGUCCUGACCUGUCUUGUUUGGGGCAAUGAGCCUCCGAAAGAAAUUGUGUGGACAGAUAAGGAUCAAGUGGAGGUGGAGCAAGAUGACAACAGGAUCGAGAUGGGACAUGAUACGAUUAAGACGGGAAUGAACGACGUGCACCUGUACACUCUUAAAUUUGUUUCUCUUCAACAAGCUAACGAGGGUCAAUACACUUGCUAUGUUAAAUUCGAUGACGACUCGGAUAAAUCUAUGGUGACUGAAGUGAACUUCAUAGGUGCUUCAUUUGAGCCAGAGUCCCCUUACUUUAUACACGAUCUGUUGGAAACUAUUCAAUUUACUUGCAAUUAUAAAGGAUUUAGAGAGCCUAAAGGUGUUACCUGGUUCAAAGAUUCAAAGGAAGACGGAAAUAAGCUAUCAAACACAAGUGUCCUGUACGAUAUCGAGACAGGAACAUUUAAAAAUGAUUUUAACACUCAAAAGAGUGUUCUAACAAUAAAAACAAAUAAUAUUGAUGCUAGUGGAGAUUAUAUCUGCGAAUGGGAGACCAAAGAAGGACUUACUGUUUCUGCGACCAUGAUGCUAGCUGUAAGAACAUUACAACCAAAAACUGAGUUGUACUUCAGCACAGAUAAAAUGAUAUCACUGGAGUGUGAAUAUAAGGGCCAAGAGGAGGGAGAAAUGAAAUGGUUUAACGAAUCCAGACUCAUCACCGAAGAAAACGAAAGAACAUCCUUUGCAAAUGGAAACUUCGAGAACAACGCCCAAACGUUCCAACUACAAAUCUCCAAGGUAACGAGAGAGGACGCAGGAAGAUACACCUGCGUCCUCUCAUUCGAAGACGGGGACGAGAUAACAGCUACCACUAAAGCUGUUGUGAGAGAAAGUAGGGUUAUGAGUGAGCACAUGAGCCUCUCUGAUGAGGGGACACUGGUGUACGUGGAGGAUGAUGUGUUAGAGAUGCAGUGUGCGCUGGAGGGGGAUAAGAUUCCUGAUAACGUGCAGUGGUUCUAUGAAGAUAACGAGAUCUACUUUGAUGGAAGAAUGAAGACCGUAGUGAAUGCAGUUUUAAGUCAGGAGAGUUGGGGAGUUAGAUUCUUCAGCAAUGCCACUUUCAAGGGGCAGGAUAGCAUUUCAGAUGGUAAUUACACGUGCAAGUUCUCCUUCUUAGACGAGGAAUCUGCGGGAACUGAAAAGACUUCCUCGACGAAAACUUACGCAAGGGUCUUGGCCAUCGAAGUGGAUGCUGAUAAAACUUGUACAUUUGUCGAUUUCGAAAAAGAGGCAGAUGCUUCCCUGGGAUGUUCACUUGAGGGUGAUAUUGAAUCUGUUGGAGUUGAGAUAAAAGCUGCUGUGAUGUCCCUCCCAGAUGAUGGUUCAACAAGGUUAUUGGAGGUCUCAAAGAACCCUGAUUAUACGGUCGUCAAUGUGACAUCAGAGAAUGACGGGAUUUACAAAUGUGGUUUUAUAAUGGACUCAGAGGGUCAUCCAGAAUUUUCUGCGACUCAGCGAUUGACGGCAAGAAGGGCACUUCUAGAUUUGAUAAGCUCCAGCAGAAUGGUGGUCUCUGGGACAACGCUCACUCUCGAGUGUUACAUCGAGGGAGGAGCCAAAUCUAUCUCCUGGUACGAGGACGAUGUUGAGAUCCGUAAUUUCGAAGAGCGCUACACCGAUCACUUGGAGAAUGGUCACAUCGAACAGAUGUCUAUCUCCUUCCAAGUACCCAGCACCGACAGUAACACCACUAAAAGUUACAAGUGUAGGGGGAUGAUAUAUGACGAAUUCUGUCCUCGACAAAAAGAGUUUGACUCUGCAGUAUCACCGAUUGAAGUGAUCCCAGCUAAACCCCUUCAGAAUCCUUCAAAUGGAUUCGCUUACGAAGGAGAGAGUCACGUGUUCACCUGUAGGUUCCCUGACGCAGGGGAUGGGGGACUUUACAAUGUUUACUGGAUGUUCAACGACCAGAGAAUCCUCAAUAACGGAGACUACUAUGACAAUGGGAAGCGUGUGAUAAAUGGAGAAAUAGAAACGUUUGCCAACAGAUCUGGAAAUGAGUUGGAUCAGAUUGAUACUCGUUACAGAAUCCACUCAAUUGAUUCUAAAGCUAAAGGGAAGUACAAGUGCGGGAUUAGCUGGAGAAACGGUGUUUCUAUCAAAUCAGACUCCGCCAUCCUGGAAAUUCGUGAAAUCUCACAACCUCCGCACGUUGUUAAUGUAGUUUUCAACGCUGACGCUAAAUUAAACUGCAGUGCAGCAGCUGACAAAGCGGCCAACAUCACAUUCUACAAGUUGGGCGAGGGAAGUGAUAACUCAACAUUGGUUGAUGGAACAACUCAAACAGACAACGCAGACCAAAACCCCGACAUUGUGGUAACCGAGGGUGAGGUUAUUCUAUCUUCGGUUGAUGAUACCAGUCCGGGUUAUUACUACUGUAAUGUCACGUGGGGUAAUAAGAGUCUGACGUCAGACCCAGUUUAUCUGAAUGUGUUUGAGACCUAUGAAGAUGGGAAUGACACGUGGGGUGCCCAGGGUAACGUGGUUAGGCUUGAGUGUCAGUCUGACGCUGCAUUGAGGACAGACGGAAACAAAACAUCUUAUCUGGACGAGAAAAAUAAAGUUGUGUUCGCUGAAGCCAGUGUAAAUUGGAAGUACAAAGGGCCCUCUGAAGCUAACUUCAAAGAUAUCGAUGAAAAUAUUCAGCAUACCACAGAGAAUUCCUGGAUCGGAUUUGACGGCUACAGAAGAAGUGAAAUUAUCAUCGGUCCGAUUAAACGGGAGUACAACGACCUCGAAUUCGCGUGCUCUGUGGAGUAUCAGGACGACGAAAAACACAAUUUCUAUGGAGGAACCACUAUGUCCAAACCAACUAAGCUGAGGAUUUCAAGUAUUCAAUCAUUCACAUCUUCUCAAAACGAAAUUAUUGUCGGUGAAACCUUCGAGCUCACUUGUACAGUGAUCGGAAAAGAAGUACCAGACUUCCGUAUAACGAACGACGGCAGAUUCCUGGACGCAUCCAGAUACAAUAUCAUCAGCAAAUCAGUUGAAAGUCCGAAUGAGUUGCUUCAUCUUGCUAAGUUCAAAAUUACAACAAAGGUAGCGACAGUGAUCCAAGGAGGACAAGACUUUUAUUGUUCGGUUGACUUUGGAACCAGUACCCCUGAGCUGAGAGAGAAGAUAACUAUCACCACUAACUACGAUUGUAGGAAGGCUAAGAUCAGUGUACUGGGGAGACAACCUGACGGUCAGACGAUAACCUACAAGGAUGAAGAAGGAGACAGAAAAGCGACAGUGCAAUGUCCUGCUGACACUGCUGACACUAAAUACUCUGUAUACGAGAGCGCACAAGCGAAGAAGGAGUCAGAAUGUAGAAAAGAGACAGGUUUCUACGAUCCACCCUACCUUGGAACCUGUUUAGAGACCCAUGCGUUCGAGAGUGGCAGAUUUGAACAAGUCUGGAGUUUAUCAAGUGCUGGAGGAACUUAUUGUACAGACAGUGUGCAAGGACAGUUUUCCAAAAAGGAGAUGACAGAGGCUUUGACAACAGACAAUAGUCUAUGUGGACCCUACCCUAUUGUACCAUGCUUGCAAAAUAGUAAGUGCACGCUGGACGUGUCCAACACCGGCUGCAGAUGGGACGACUCUACUAAGAAGCUGUACGUGUUCUACCAAGUGGACUUCAAUGAUCCCGUUUGGAAAAUACAAGAGAGGAAGGACCUGACAAACCCACAAUCCGGAACUAAAAUUAAGUUCUGGGACUGUCCCGAUACUUUGCUGAAUCCUAAAAAGAGGACCAUAUCAAAACGGGGCAAGCUUUUCGAGAGAAUGGUCGCUGACCAGGACUCCGACAUGGUGAUCGUAUUGAAUUUGGAUGGAAGAAGCUACAGCACAUUGGGGAUUGGUAUUGCUGGGUUUAUUGUGGCAGCUGUUCUUGUUGGCGCAUUCUUGUACAGGAGAAGGUACACGAAAGAAAACCCGAAUAUGGUUGUUGGAACGGAACAGUUCGAGAUGACAAACAGAUCAGUGGUGGUGACAAAUCCUUACAGCUUGUGAUUUAGUUGCAGCUACGAUACUGGUCGGUAAGUCGCGCGACACCUGGUCGGUACGUCGCGCGACACAUCCCGCAGUAUGAUCAAUUUGAUAAACUUAAAGAGAGACAUGGUACAGGCUUUAUUGCGUGAAAAAUCUUGUUGCUAGUGGCAGUGUCUGUCAGCCUCUAAGUCAUAAUCUGUAGUAUACCCAAAUGAUUUUAUUAAGUCUCAAGACUUCGAUGACAAAACGUUUUAAUUUCAGGCACAAUAAACUGUUCAAUUCAUACUUGAGUUUAAAAUUCACAUCCGUUUUAUAACUUAAAAUUCGAAUUUAAUUUGAGUUAUAAUUAAAUUCAUAUAUAUAUAUAUAGGGGGGCCAAAAGUCAAUACCCAUACGUUGGGAUGAUGAUUAAUCCCUAAACUGAAGCAUAUGCUGAAACCUAACGAAAAAUUAAACAAACUUCCUUAUAUGGUCAUAUCACGUGAUCGAAACAGUUUUCCGCCGAUAUCUCGCUAGGGGAGCAUUUUAACCCUAUGUCAUGUGGGGUGAUUCGGAAUCAGCGUUCGAAAAUACAUCGAAGCAGGUAGAUUUCAACUGUCAGGGGCCCUAAGCCCUUUUAGAAAAAUCUCGAAGAUCGACUGUAGAGUGAUUUAGCACGCUCGUACUCAAUGAUUACCCAAUUACGACACCGUAAUUGGGCUCUCUGCACGAUUCCCAUGUAAUAAUGCGGAUCUACUAGCCUCAACCUAAUCACCAGAUCACACGUAACACGUAAUGAACAUAAUAACAGACUUGUUAUGCUUCAUAUCUCGGUCAUCUGAAAAGCUAAAACUCUCAUUUUUUCAGGACAAACGUAAUUUAAGUAAUCUGACCAAACACCAUUAUAUAUAUAUAAAUUUUAGCCGUGCUACACGUCACUUAUUUUGUGCCUUGUGGUAAAAGUGUUGUUAUCUUCAAAAUUAAUAUUUUUACCUCCUGA